AUGGGUGGGCUCAAUCUCGAGGUGUUCAAGUUUGGCAUGUAUGUCAUGUUCCCCAUUGGGAUCAUGUACUACUUCGGCACAAACCUCGACAACCGGUUUACGGUGCCCGAUUUCUGGCCGAAACCGGAGAACGCCAACAAGGUGCCCCUGGAGCGCGAUGAGAUCCACGCUGAGCUGGAGAGGUUAAGAGCAAGAAGGCUGUAUAACCGCGAGAGGAGGCUUGCCGCCGAGGCGAAUGCCGCCGCUCAGAGCCAACGACAGCAAGACGAAUAG